GCUUUUAUCCCCUUGUGUAAGCCCUUUUUUUGCCUUUAUAGUGAAAUUUGAAGAUGUUAUUUGUGUAAUAUGAUCUUCUACUAUGUUGUCCAAAGUUUGUUUAAAGCUAGUUCCUAAAAGCCUGCUCUUAACAUUUAGAGUUUGAAGAGUCUACUACUCUGUCCUUUAUGAAUUUUUUGCUUACUUAUUACAUUUGAUCGAGUGAUCCAUUCUAUGUCUUUUCAAAUUACAAAGCGGUUAUUAGUUGAAAUCUAAAUUCUGGGUUGAUUUUUCACUCUGAAGUAGUUUAUAGUCUUUGUGUUAAAUAAUGGCUAAUGGUAGCUUUCAACCUUAGCAAAUCUCACAAGCUGUGGGAUAUACAGAAUACACAGCAGGUCUGCUAUCGCAUGCAAAUACUUAAUGAUGUGACUAAUUGUUUUUCUAAAGUAGUGUACUAAUUUGGAUUAGAUGGUAACAAACGCCCAACCUUUUGUUUUGUGCAUCCUCUAACUUGCAUGCAGCUCAUGAAUGAGACUCUAGCUAGAAAUCUUUUCAGUAUUGUUGUUGAGCUUUGACACACGUUUAAUUCUGUUUCCUUCAGAACUUUAAAAAAAAAAUCUCUUAUCAUAAGAUAGGGGAUGGAUAUUGGGGAAUCAAUUGAAAAAGCUCAUAAAAUAGGCUUUUUGCUUUAAAACAUGUCCCUUACUUUAAGAAAUGUUUGGAAAUGGUUAGACUGUAGUUGCUGACCUUUAGUCAUUAACUGUUGUCUCAGUGAAAGAUAGCUAAGUUUAAGUUCUUCAAAAGGUCUUCCUCCCCCUGUAAAAUAUCGGAAGGGUAGGUACAAUGUAAUCAGGCUGACUUAGGCCUCUUCUGUAGUAAUUCCAGAAGUGAGGUUGUUCAUUGAAGGAAAAGAAGAGUUGUUUCUUUCUCAAUUUGAAGUAGCUUACUAGAAUUUGAGGAGAGCUGGUGUCGUAUGUUGCUUAUUUGCAUAUAAACUAUCUUCGUUGCGGUCUUUGUUAUUAGAGCGUUCUUUGCUUUCUGUCCAGAUUUGAUUGUGAUUCAGGGCAUAAUUGCAGCUAGUGUCUUAAUAGAUUGCAUCAGCAGCUGUAAGGUUUUGCCUUGAGUUUUCUUAGCUGUUGGUCAACAUAAAUGUAAGCACAUUUCAUUGAUAUGUGUGAGCCCCUGCGCUUCAUUUCAGUGUCCGGCAGGAGCAGGGAAGGGGUGGUAAGCAGUAGCAUGGCUAGUUCAGGACUUCCACAUUCAUGUGUGUGUCUGAUGCAAGCUUACAAACAGUCAUAACUUAUGUAAGCUUCAUUUCCUUUAGUCAGGGGUAGAUAUUGCUCUACAGUUCAGCUGUCUCCUGUGUGUGCUGUAUGCUACUUUUGUGUACUAACGUAGUUUGUGCAUUGAAGGUACAUGUAAUGAUUAAAACUUUAAAAUUUAAGGCUAGUAUUUAAUGUCAGUGCAGUUUAACAAAAUACUUAAAAUUCAAAAUUAUAUGAAAUUUUGAAAUCUGAACACUUCACUGAGCGCUCGAAGUCUGCACACCUCAAGAACUGGUGCAAGGUGAAUUUAAUACAAUUGAUGUUUGAAAAGCUACUGAGCCGGGUAGGUGUGCUUCUUAGUGUGUGUACCUAUAUAAAUAGAGUUCUUUUUAGCAUACCCCCUCCUAGGGGUGGUAUGGGCUGUGAACACAAGACUUGGAUACCUAAUUUUUAAAACAUAGCCAAAAAAAAAAAAUCCAUAAAAUCCAUUUCAUUUAAAACGUGAAAUAUGAAAAAUGUAGUGAGGCUUGAAAGUUAAUUAAGUAGAGAAUAAUUACUAUGGAAUGUUAGCUGUAUGUAUUGAGUGAAUAAAGAUGCAUUUGUGGCACAGUGAUACUGUGAUAUGAUUUUAGUUUUCUCACUUAACAUCUACUUUUUGGACAGUGUUGCUUUAAUGUAGAUAGGGGCUAGACUUGGAUAUCCAGUCCUGAAGCUUUCAAUGUAUACGGAAAACCAUUGUCUGUGGUAAGCUCUUCUCCAAAGAGAUUGAUUGAUAAGUUAAAGCAAAGUAGGGUGACUUCAUGCAGUUCUGGUAAUUAUUCCAGGAGGCAAAGUAAGCUCAUCUUAUAUUAAAGGAGAUUAACUCAUCUAGGAUUAUUAUGAUCAAAACCUUCAACAGUAUCUUUGAGGGGAGGGGGAAGGGAAGAAGGUAAUUUGACCGAUCGUUUAACUGCCAGAGGGUACAAAGUUAGCUGAGGACUUAACAAGGCUUUUUGGCGCACACGUGCACUGAAUGAUGAUGUCAGGAGAAAAUGCCCCACUUCCUCAGAAAAGCUGGCUAAAACUUAAGUUUAAUGAAGUACCUAAGAAGAUGCCUGAUUGCCUCUAUCACUCUUUGUUAUCUUGCAUCCAGAGUGGUGUGCUUUAUGCUCUUGCUGUUACCUGUGUUAAUCUGUAAGAUAUUUCCUUUAAAAAAUGAUAUUCUGUUGAUGAAGUUCAAAAGUUCCAGCAAAGUCCUCUGUCAGAAGACCCUCCAG